AUGGCGAUGUUCCAGGCCCAGCCUUUGCUUCUUCUUCUUCUCAUUGUAUCACUCCUUUUUUCACCUGCUGCUUUGGGGGCAACCAAAUUCAGAAAAUGCAAUCCCGAUCGUAACUCUCCCGUUGAGGUCAAGACUCUGACGAUCUCUCCAGAACCCUCGGUUGGGAGUAGCACUAAUGGAAACAUUACUAUAAUCGGUGAUUCAAGCAUUGAGAUCUCUGAUGGAUCAACUGUAAGUAUCAUCGUUGCACCAAAAAUAUCAGAUAGAAGAAGCUACUCCUUAUGUGAUCUAGUGGCAUGCCCUGUUGCACCUGGCCCCAUUGAGUUUACUGUACCUAACUUAUUCACUAAAGAAGAACUAGAUGUAAUGGGAAAUAAGACAUAUUUGGUUAGAAUUAGCAUAAUAAGCGCGGAGCACCAGAAAGAGCCAGUGAUGUGCGUCAAGUUCUCUUGUGCUAUACAUCGUGAAAUGUUUCCGUCUAGGCAAGCUAUCGAGUGA